UCAUGGGGAUAUCAGAUGGAACUACAAAUUUCGUUCAACAUAAUUCAACAUAAGUUAUUUUUUUAGUUUCUUGGUAGAACACGUUAUCUUAAAGGAACCAUAUCUAUACAACUUGAAAAAGAUUAGCACGCUGUUCGUUAAAAUUGGGAGUGCGACUCUAAUCUCAAUUUAUCUUGAAUCACGAAAAAAGCUUCAAAAUGAAUCCACCAGUAAAUAUUAAAAGGAAAGACCUCGAGGCCCUGUGCAAUCUUUUUAAGCAAAAUGCAUAUUCUGUCGGAUAUGAGACUCCUGCAGCCGCAGAAGCAUUGGGAAAAUGCAAAGCAUUAUUGGAACUGGAUUAUAAAGUAGUUGAAAUUAACAAUAGUGAUGGUACACUAUGUGCUCAUUAUCCUAGCAAAAUACUCAUAUGUCAGAGUGAACUUCCCAAAUAUGGUGGUGAUGGAGUAAAAAAUGAUGCACUCAAUUUGGAAAGUGAGAGUGAUGUCAAUCAACUACGUAAUCAAAUCUUGAAAGCCAGAAAGGGAAGGUGUCGUGCUCGAUUCCCCAUUCCUGUUAUAUUUUACAAUGGUAAAAAUAUUUGCCGCUCUGGAACCACUGCCCAUUUUGUUGAAAUAUUAGGUCGUGCUACUGUUGAAACCCUAAAUAGUUAUGUAGUUGGUCCGUCAGAAGAUGAGUCGGAGGAAAGAGGUGAUGAAGAGGAGUUCAAUGAUGAUCAAAAUUUGAACCUUGAAAGCAGUGUCAGGAAAAAUGAUAUACAAUUACUGAAGAUGUAUAAUGUUCAGAGUAUUUUUGACUUGAUGGUGGAGCAGAGGAAAGUCAAAUAUGGUGUUUAUGUAACUUCUUCUGAAAGUGCUGAUGAAGAAAGUCGCUAUAAUGAUUUUAAGAUAUUCCAUAUUCCCUAUCCUGGAUGCGAGUUUUUCACUAAUAUUAAUCACAGUGAUAAACAAGAAAUCAAGCUCCAUUUUGAUUGGACACAGAAAAUGGUUGAUAAAGAAUUUGAUAUUCCUGAUCUAGAACAUUUUAGUAAUAUGCUGAUUGACUGGAAGGAAUAUAAGAAAUGGGAUGUUACUGUAUUAACUAGAAAUUAUCUAAUGUUGAUUUUAAAGCAGAUCCAUGAAAGUAACUCUGGCGUUCUAGUACAUUGCAUAAGUGGCUGGGAUAGAACUCCACUUUUUAUAUCUUUGAUAAGAAUUAGUUUAUGGGCUGAUGGUUUGAUACAUAAGUCACUUAAUGCUUGGCAAUUAAUGUACUUCACAAUUGCAUACGAUUGGAUGCUUUUUGGUCAUAAUCUCAAGAAUCGCUUAGAAAAAUUCGAGGAAAUUUUCUUCUUCUGCUUUUUUGUAUUGAAACAUCUGGCCGAAUUCGAACUGACCAAAGAUGGACUUGUGUAUCCGAGGCCAGAGUCGAGAAAACAUGAUAAUAUGUUUGGGCGAUCCACUAUUCGAUCUCCUACUGAUAAUAAUUCAUAUCUGUUUAGAGAUAAUGAGACUGAUAUUAAUGAAGAGGAUUUGCUGUCAGACGACAGCGAUCUCGAACAUGAUGAUUUGUAUGAAGAUGCACCAAGUCCCCCAAGCAGUAAUGAAUCGAAUGGAAAUAACAUGAGUGAACCUAGCUCUGAUUCUAAUGGAGCGGCUUCAAGUAAUCCCUCAAUUCCAAAACGAUCUUCUCCUGUGCCAAUUCAGAAAAAUAAUAGUAGCGCAAGUGAUACAGAUACAUCUGGUAGUUGGGCAUAUGUGACAACAACUGGCAGUCUCAAAAAUAAAGAAGAAUUUGCACUUGAAGGAUUGAGAGAAAAGCAAUAUACCGCAGGGAGAUACUAUAGAUUGCACAGACUGCGAAAGGAAUUCUACAGAAUAUACUUCCAAUGUAUCCCAGUCAAUUACCAGAUGGGCCCAUCUAUGUUAGGUCAAGUUCUUGGCAACUUGUCAGAAAGAGUUGGUUUCACAUAAAAAGUGUUCCUCUUUAAGGCUAGUCAAAAGAUUUGUCUUAUCCACACACAUGCACCCCAAUUACGUUGAACCAUUUUUUUAAAUUGUAUUAUUUCGUGUUUGCUUAGUUGUAAUAUUCAUUGUUUUAUUAUUAUUCAGUCAUAUUUGUUUCAGUAUUCCAUGAUAAAAAAAAAUAUCCCAAAAUGAACAAACUCAUUUAAUAGUUGAAACAUUAUGUCUAAAAUUAUGCUAUUGAAUUUAAAAUUAAUAGUCUAUGUUACAUAUAGUGAUAACCAGAUCAGAUGAAUUGGAAUGUUGAGUAUUGUAUACCUGAAUUUCUCAAUUUACACAAUAAGGAAUCCAUAACGGACAAUAACUGCAUUUAGAUUUUCAAUAUCUUCAGUGGGAUGUGCUAUCAUACUUACAUUACACCGUUAUGAACACUUAAGCCGCUGAUACUUGUUAACAUUUGCCCAGUAUUAAUGCAAUUUUUUCUGUGAAUGUGUGAAUGUUCUGUUCAUAGUUAAAAGUAUUUUUCACGAUUGUUCCAUGAAGUCUUCAGGUAUCGUUCAUUCUUCCUUUUCCAUUAUUAAUAUUCGUUUGUGUUCAGUUAUCUAGUGAUAUUGUUUUUAUUCUUCAUUUGUUGUUUUACAAGACAUUGCAAGAUUGCUUAAAGAGUUCAAAGAUCCUUUGUAAUACAUGUUAUCUCUCGCCAAUGACUUAGUUAUUAUAACUCAGGGUACAUCAGGAAUUUUGUAAUGAUGAAUAUCCAUUUUGAUAUCUGCAAUAGCUAGAGUAUAAAUCUCUGAAGCUGUGAAUAAUUUCAUUGACAUCUGAUUUAUUUCAACGUUUCAAUCUAUGAUUUUGCUCGAUACAAAAUUUAUUUUUCUAGUUUCAUUUGUUUUUCCAUCAAAUGUGAUACGUAACAGAUAACGAACUACUCGUUCAGAUUUCUUGUGUGUUAUCUUCAAAACUUUUAUAAUAAAAUAUAUUUUUUUAAAAAG